AUGAGUUGGUAGUAAAAAUUGAAAAAAUAAAUUGGAACACAAACUUACUCUGAAAUUAAACAACUCAGAUUUAAUAAUCUUUAGCUCAAUAAAUUACCAGAUGAAUUUGUAUCAGAAAUACAUAAAUUUACUAAUCUAGAGAUCCUUAGUUUAAAUUAAUGUGGUAUUAGAUCACUUGAAAAUUUAUAAUAAAUGAAUUCUGUUACUCAACUUGAGUAUCUAGACAACUUUACUACUUCAAAAACUUUGUAAUAAAUUGCAAAAGCUUUUCCUAAUCUUGAAAUAUUAAUUGCUGGAGGGAAUUUUUUAAGAGACCUUACAGAUUUAGAUUCUCUUAAAUCUCUGGAAAAACUAGAGGUUCUCAAUAUUAUGAAUGGAAUUAAUAAACCAGUAUAUUAUUUAUUCAUUAUUGUAAGGAUUCUGAAGUUCGAAAAUAUGCUUUUGAAAUAUUGCCUAAUCUUAAAGUUUUAGAUGAAAAAGAUUAAUAUGGAUAGAUAUAUAUUAAACCUAAAUAAGAGAAAAAACAACUUGAAAUUGAAACCUAAAUUAAUAUGGAACAAGAAGAGGUGAGUCAAGAAGAUGAAGAAUCUGCUCUUUGUUCUGAUGAUAGCAAUGAGGAAGAAGAAUCUAAUAGUGAAGAUGAGGAGGAUAGUGAUUUAAGCGAUUUCAUUGAAAAAAAAGUAAAAAACGAAUGA